AUGGGUGGCAGGGAGCAGGUGCUGGCCAGCAGAGUCCAUGCAUCCAGGGGGGUCAACAUGGCUGACCGUCCCCGGACUGUGCUGAUCUCAGGCUGCUCGUCUGGAAUUGGCCUGGAGCUCGCAGUGCAGCUGGCUCAUGACUCCAGGCAGCGCUACCAGGUGGUGGCCACCAUGAGAGAUAUGGGAAAGAAGGGGACACUGGAGGCAGCUGCCGGGGAGGCUCUGGGUCAGACCCUCACUGUGGCCCAGCUGGAUGUGUGCAGUGAUGAGUCAGUGGCCCAAUGUCUCAGCUGCAUCCAGGGAGGAGAAGUGGACGUGCUGGUGAGUAAUGCUGGAGUGGGCCUGGUGGGGCCCCUGGAGGGGCUCAGCCUGGCUACCAUGCAGAAAGUCUUUGAUACCAACUUUUUUGGAGCUGUCCGCCUGGUCAAAGCUGUGCUUCCUGGCAUGAAGAGAAGGCGACAGGGCCACAUCGUGGUGGUCAGCAGUGUCAUGGGGCUGCAGGGUGUCGUGUUCAACGACGUCUAUGUGGCCUCCAAGUUUGCCCUGGAAGGAUUCUUCGAGAGCCUGGCCAUCCAGCUGCUCCAGUUCAACAUCUUCAUCUCCCUGGUGGAACCCGGCCCGGUGGCCACGGACUUCGAAGGAAAGCUCCUGGAGCAGGUGUCCGCGGCGGAGCUCCCAGGCCCUGACCCUGACACCCUGCACUACUUCAGGGAUCUCUACCUCCCGGCCUCCAGGGAGCUCUUCUGCUCCGUAGGGCAGAGCCCACAGGAUGUGGCCCAGGCCAUUGUCAAGGUCAUCGGCUCGGCCAGGCCGCCCCUGCGCCUGCAGACCAACGCCCGCUACCGCCCGCUGACCGCGCUCCGGGCCGCCGACCCCUCGGGCCGCCUACCAGGGUCCAACCAGCUCAGCCACCAGGCCAGGAUCCCUUUGUUCCACUUCAUCUUCCAAGGCUGGUGA